GAGGCUCCAAAGAAGAAAAUCUGCUGCGCCUGCCCCGAUACGAAGAGAGAACGUGAUGAUUGCGUUGCUCGAUACGGGCCUGAAUCAGACCGUUGCCAAAAGCUCAUAGAAGCUCACAAGCAGUGCCUGCGCGCCGAAGGCUUCAACGUG